AUGUCGCAAGCCACCACGAGGCUUCUGUGGAAGUCUCUUUCCUCCACAACUUCGACACAAUGCCGACGAUGCAUUUCCCAAUCGACGUUUCCUAAGCAGACCCGGCCAACUGCCGCUGCGCCAAGCAUGCUCCAGACGAGACCUUCCCCGGCGCAAAGGAGGACGAAGACGUUCAAGACUGUAGAGGAGGCAAAGAGCAGAUACAGAGCAGGGCCCUUUUCAUGGAAGGCAGGCCUGCUGUUCGUUGGAACCGGUGUUGGUCUGACAUGGUACUUCGAGGCCGAGAAGCAGCGUAUGGAGCGCAAGCGCAUUGCGGAGGCGACCAAGGGCAUGGGACGACCCAAGGUGGGAGGACAAUUCGAGUUGACCGACCAGAACGGCAACAAGUUCACCAGCGAGGAUAUGAAGGGUCGCUACGCACUGGUCUACUUUGGCUUCACGCACUGCCCCGACAUCUGCCCCGACGAACUCGACAAGAUGGCCCAGAUGUACGACCUCGUCGAGAAGCAGCGCCCCGGCUCCGUCCUGCCCCUCUUCAUCACCUGCGACCCGGAGCGUGACACGCCCAAGGUGGUCAAGGAGUACCUGUCCGAGUUCCACCCCAAGUUCAUCGGUCUGACGGGCACCUACGACGAGAUCAAGGCCAUGUGCAAGCUGUACCGCGUCUAUUUCAGCACACCGCAGCACGUCAAGCCGGGCCAGGACUAUCUGGUCGACCACAGCAUAUACUUUUACCUGAUGGAUCCCGAGGGCGACUUUGUCGAGGCGCUAGGGCGGCAGCACUCGCCGUCGCAGGCGGCCAAGAUUAUUCUGGACCAUAUGAAUGACUGGCAGGGAGGGUGGAAGAAGGAGGAGUAG